AUGAGGGUGCUCUGUGCCUUCCCUGAAGCCAUGCCCUCCAGCAACUCCCGCCCCCCCGCGUGCCUAACCCCGGUGGCUCUCUUCUUGGCUCUGUUGCUCCAUCUCUCCCUUUCCUCCCAAGCUGGAGACAGGAGACCCUUGCCUGUAGACAGAGUUCCAGGUUUGAAGGAAAAGACCCUGAUUCUACUUGAUGUGAGCACCAAGAACCCAGUCAGGACAGUCAAUGAGAACUUCCUCUCUCUGCAGCUGGAUCCGUCCAUCAUUCAUGAUGGCUGGCUCGAUUUCUUAAGCUCCAAGCGUCUGGUGACCCUGGCCCGGGGACUUUCGCCCGCCUUUCUGCGAUUCGGGGGCAAGAGGACCGACUUUCUGCAGUUUCAGAAUCUGAGGAACCCGGCGAAAAGCCGCGGGGGUCCCGGCCCGGAUUACUAUCUGAAAAACUAUGAGGAUGACAUUGUUCGAAGUGAUGUUGCCUUGGAUAAACAGAAAGGCUGCAAGAUUGCCCAGCACCCUGAUGUUAUGCUGGAGCUCCAACGGGAGAAGGCAGCUCAGAUGCAUCUGGUUCUUCUAAAGGAGCAAUUCUCCAAUACUUAUAGUAAUCUCAUAUUAACAGCCAGGUCUCUAGACAAACUUUAUAACUUUGCUGAUUGCUCGGGACUCCACCUGAUAUUUGCUCUAAAUGCACUGUGCCGUAAUCCCAAUAACUCCUGGAACAGUUCUAGUGCCCUGAGUCUGUUGAAGUACAGCGCCAGCAAAAAGUACAACAUUUCUUGGGAACUGGGUAAUGAGCCAAAUAACUAUCGGACCAUGCAUGGCCGGGCAGUAAAUGGCAGCCAGUUGGGAAAGGAUUACAUCCAGCUGAAGAGCCUGUUACAGCCCAUCCGGAUUUACUCCAGAGCCAGCUUGUAUGGCCCUAACAUUGGGCGGCCCAGGAAGAACGUCAUCGCCCUUCUAGAUGGAUUCAUGAAGGUGGCAGGAAGCACAGUGGAUGCAGUUACCUGGCAACAUUGCUACAUUGAUGGCCGGGUGGUCAAAGUGAUGGACUUCCUGAAAACUCGCCUGUUAGACACACUCUCUGACCAGAUUAGGAAAAUUCAGAAAGUGGUUAAUACAUACACCCCAGGAAAGAAGAUUUGGCUUGAAGGCGUGGUGACCACCUCGGCUGGAGGCACAAACAAUCUAUCAGAUUCCUAUGCUGCAGGAUUCCUAUGGUUGAACACUCUAGGAAUGCUGGCCAAUCAGGGCAUUGAUGUCGUGAUACGGCACUCAUUUUUUGACCAUGGAUACAAUCACCUUGUGGACCAGAAUUUCAACCCAUUACCAGACUACUGGCUAUCUCUCCUAUACAAACGCCUGAUCGGCCCCAAAGUCUUGGCGGUGCACGUGGCUGGGCUCCAGCGGAAGCCACGGCCAGGCCGAGUCAUCCGGGACAAACUAAGGAUUUACGCUCACUGCACAAACCACCACAACCACAACUAUGUUCGAGGGUCCAUUACACUUUUUAUCAUCAACCUGCACCGAUCAAGAAAGAAAAUUAAACUGGCUGGAACUCUCAGGGACAAGCUCGUGCACCAGUAUCUGCUGCAGCCCUAUGGACAGGAGGGCCUGAAGUCCAAGUCAGUGCAGCUGAACGGCCAGCCCUUAGUGAUGGUGGACGAUGGGACCCUCCCAGAAUUGAAGCCCCGCCCCCUGCGGGCCGGCCGGACAUUGGUCAUCCCUCCAGUCACCAUGGGCUUUUAUGUGGUCAAGAAUGUCAACGCUUUGGCCUGCCGCUACCGAUAAGCCACCCUCACACUCACAAGGUGCCAGCAGGCCUGCUGGACUGCUUUCCACUCUUCUGCCCUGAUCGUAUCCUUAUUUUUCAGACAUCUUCUUAGCAACAAACCAGCCUCUGCUGCCCUAUCCUGCUGGAAUCAACAUAGAUUUGCUCCCCGAAGAGACAAAUGUCAAAUGUUAGCCUAGGUAGGUCACAUCCACCCCGAAGGAAAAUGUAGACAUCUCCUGUACCUGUGUAAGGAUGAAGGUAUGUGUGUAAAGCUGUGUGUAUCCUCGUACACACCAUGAAGACAAGCUGACAGUGCACUCCCAGGACAAAUGAAAUGACUCCCCAUGAUCCUGGUCACAGCAAUAUAACUACAGAUCUUAGCCUGUGGCUGCCUCAGCGGAAGACGAGCAAGGAGAAAACCCGGUGGAGCUUCAAGAGCCCAGUCCUCUUCUAACUCCACUCCUUUGUCUGUUCCCUGCUGUUGCCCUGGGUUUCCCAUCACCUUUCUUCCCAUAGGGGAGCAAGUGGGUGAGUCAGCGCUGGCCUGCUGGGCGAGCUGUUUAUGUAAUUUCCCGGCUGAUGUAUGAGUGUGUGCAUCUGGGUUUCUGACAGUGGCAUCAAUCACUGGCUAUUCCUCUGGGAAGCGGGUGCUUCAAAAGUAAAAUUGCAAGCAUACUCCAGAUUUUGUAAGAAGGUUCUAUUCCUCUGUGAAUCCAGAUACCCCCAGGGUUGGAGUGGGAGUCAGGUAACAAUAUUCAUUGAGUAGAGAGCAAUGUAUUAGGCACCACAAAAAGCCAUCAUCAUCCUUCAUUUGGCUGUGAGGGAGAGAGUUUUAGUAAAAGAAAAAGUACACCAAACCACCAGACACACACACACACCAACUGAACAAAGCAAAUAAUUAGACCUGCCUCAAGUUUGAGAGAAUAUUAAGAGUAUGCCCUUACUGUUUUGGUUGACCAAAACCAUUAUUUAAAAAAAAAAAAAAGGUGUAAACCAAAGGUCAUCACUGUAAAACACAACUGACUCCAGCCUUUCUGCCUCUUCCCAAGCAGCCGUGUGCCUCUCAGUGCAUGUACUAGCAGAAAUCUAAUGCGGGCAUUAAAGAUGACCAGGUCCAUCCUGUCCCAGACCAGCUUACCUGAGCACAGAACAAAGCUUUGAGUUGGCCACUGGGGGGAAGGAGCAAUCCAGAGACUGUGGAAGGGUAGGUGGAAGCUCUCGAGCUGGGCCGGGGGCAAGUGGAGUGAUUCAAAGUUCAUGAUGAGGAUCUCCUCUGUGAUUCAAGGGGUACGUGUGGGGCUUUGCAAAUAUGCUGCAACCAAAUACGACUUUCUUUUCUGUGGAUGUGAUUCUUUUUCGCGGGAUAAAUGACAUGAAUUUUUUUAAACGAGGAGAUAUUUGACAGUGUCGUAGGAUUCCAAUUAAGAGAGAGACAAUUUCUGCUGUUGUGAAAGGAUAGAAAUGGAAGAGAGGGGCAGGGUUGCUGAUGCCAGAGGCCAAGGAGACUGCGUAAGAUGCCCAAGGAGUCAAGGAUUGGGGCCAAGUCUGCAAAGUAGACAGUAAGGUGAGAGACAGGAGGAAGAUUACAAAAGAGAGGGGACAGAGGAUUCCUGGCUUGGAGAACUGGGAAUCGGGGGACAGGAGCCGACAGGCUCAUUGUGUGUGUAAGGAAGACAGUGGACUCAGUUUUGACGUGCUUAUUAUUAGGUUCAGGAGGAACAGCACAAGGAGGUGUGUGCUGCUCAAGCAAGAAAUGGGGAGCCUGAGGACCGGGCUGGACACGGUCAGUGGUUGGCUCAACCUGGAAGCAGCUGAGAGAGGAGGAGACCUUGACACUGUAGCAACCCAGAGAGGCCUCCUCUUCUCCGGAAGCCGGCGCCUCCCACUGAAAAGUUUCAGCUUUGAGAGGGGAAGAGAGAGACGUGCCAAGACUGGGGGUAGAAAGGAGGGGAAAGAAGCAGCAGAGGAAAGUGAGGAAGAGAAAGGAAAAGAGAAAUGAGAGACAAAUUUUAAAAAAUUUGUGAGGCUAUCAAAAUCUCUUCUAUACACUGGUCAGGUACAGCCCCAGGGCCCCCUCAUGAUAACAAGAGGAACCAGAGGUCCCUGGGGCCCGGCCCUGGGCUAGUUUGCUUUACAAACACAGUAGCCCCCUAGGGGUCCACAGCUUGCCCAGGGUCACUGAGGGCAAUGGAUUGCUGAGCUCGGAAUAACGCAGAGCCUGGUCAUUUAACAAGUCAGCUCAGUGGCUGCCCAGUCGCACACUCACUCCCUGCCCCUCUCCCUAAGUUCUGCCGGUUCAGUACAGCCAGGAUUCCAGAGCUCCAUCCAAACACCCUCUCUGUAAAUAAGUGUUGAUUGCUCACUCAGCCUCUAAACUUGCAGGAUAUAGGCAGUUCCUGCUUCUUUUGUCUGUCUCUGUGUAUUAAAUGCUGCUCCUAAGAGGUUUAAGUUUUCUUUUAUUGUUUUUCGUUAAUAACACGGGAGGAGGGAAUCACUGAACUUGAUCUUUGGAGUCCUGCAGUUCUCACUGUGCAACUGUCUCAUGGAAGAAGUAUUUGCACCGUUCAAAGGAUACUGAGAAACUCGCUACCGCCACAUUCCGCAGGAACUUUAGUACAGGGCAUCUGUCCUGGCCUUGUCGUUUUGGGGUGGGGGUAACUUACUAAAUCAGUAGGGAUCGCUCCUUAUAAGGGAUUCCCUUCUCACACUCCCCACAGAAGACAGCCUAUGGCGAAACUCAGCAUCGUGAUGCAUCAAGGGAGCAGCUUGCCAGGCUGGGCCCCACGACAAAGUUGCUCAUCCACCAGCUUCCCCAGAUCAGAUUUUUCCUCCUAAAACAAGACAUGGCCAAGAUAAUCUAAGACUUCAGAGCCACUUUAUUUUAAACUAAAGAAUGGGUUUGUGGAAAUACUUAUUUGAAAGCAUAAUAAUAUAUCAUG